AUGCAUCAGAAGUAUGGGCCAAUCGUCCGAAUCAACACGAGGGAGCUGCAUAUUCGCGACUCGGAAUUUUACUCCCAGAUUUACGCCGGAAAUAGCCGAAAAAUCAAUAAAGAUGCCCCAACGGUCCAGGCCUUUGCCGUGCCCACCUCUGUGGCGGCUACUGUGGACCAUUACCACCAUCGUGCACGUCGCGGCUAUAUCAACCAGUACUUUUCCAAGCGUUCUAUUGUCGACCUUGAACCAAUCAUCCACGAAAGAGUUGACCGAUUAUGCGGACGUUUCCAAUUUGCGCUCCAGACACAAAAUGUGAUCAGCUUAGACUCGGCCUUCUCUGCUCUGACAGCGGACAUCAUCACCUCCCGCCUGUAUGGAGAGCACUUUGAUUAUUUAGGAAUCGAAGAUUUCAAGUUCGCCGUGCGGGAGACAUUCGAAGGCAUGUCGCUGGUGUUCCACUUAUCUCGAUUCAUCCCUUUCAUGAUGGCAACUCUCAAGCUCCUACCAGUUGCGAUGAUUAGAUCGAUCAUGCCAAGCGCUGCUGAUCUUCUAGACAUUCGCGAGGGUAUCAAACGCAACCUUCUUUGUGCUCUAGACUCUAAACAAACUCAGAAUGUUCAAUCAGUCAUCGCGGCUGCGCUUAAAGAUCCAGAGAUUCCACAGGAGGAGAGAAGCAUUGAUCGUUUAAUGGAUGAAGGUACCACUAUUAUUUUCGCUGGGACAGAAACUUCUGCGCGAGCUAUGAGUGUGGCAUUUUUCCAUCUUUAUGACAACAAGUCACAUCUGAAGAAGCUUCGAGAUGAGCUCAGCUCCACCAUCGGCACCCGACCAAGCAAAGAAUGGAGUCUCUCUGAGCUAGAAGCUCUUCCAUUCCUGACUGGUGUCGUGAAUGAAUGCCUUCGUUUAUCUUUCGGUGCUGUUGGACGUCUUCCGCGGGUAUCUACGCACGACGCGCUGCAGUACGGGGACUAUACGAUCCCACCGGGCACUCCUGUUAGCCAAUCUACCUACUUCGUUCAUACAGAUCCAGCAAUAUUCCCCGAGCCAUUUGUCUUCGACCCCACACGAUGGAUCAAGGCUGAGAAUGAUCGCGUACCGCUGGGAAGGUACCUGGUCAGCUUUAGCAAGGGUACACGCCAAUGCCUUGGAUUGAACAUGGCAAACGCCGAGCUCUACAUUGCUAUUGCUAGAAUUGCAAAUACAUUUGACAUGGAUCUCCACGAUACGAUGAAAGAUGACAUUGAGGUUCAUCAUGUCCGUCUGGUAGGAUAUCCGAAAAAGGUGCAGGGACAAUCUCCAGGAAGGGGCCAGGUCAAAGUCAAAAUGACCGGCAUGGUCGAAAGAAAUGUUGAAGUAAGCUAG